CGGCCCCCAAGGGGGAGUGUUACGAAAGACAAAAGAAAAGAUGAGCCGCUUUCGUUGAAAAUAUAAAAAGAUGUGGGGUCCGCUGCACUAUUUGCACAGUAAAUUUCCUUCUAUAUAUACGAACGUUUGCGUUCGUUUGUAAACACACCAUCCUUCUCCUUCAAUAACACAUCCUUUCUUCUUAUCAGUAUUAUCUUCUUCGUACGGGUAUAAAAUUUUGCUUUAUUUAAAUUCCUGCGAUAUAAUAAAAAUUCCAGUUCUUUUUAUAACAUCAUCAACUUUGUUGUUUCGGAGACUACACAUUUUUCAACCAGCAAUCUUGGUCGCCGCCUCACCGGUAUAACUUGAAUUAUGACCAGACUCCGAAGAUGGUUGCUUGAGUAACUCGUGAAAAGAUCUCUCCGCAACUUGCAGGCUAAAUUGUCAUGUAACAAGCAGAAUCCUCCAUGAAUUCGUUCAUCAACAUGUCAUUGAUGUAUUUAAGAACAUGAGUUAUCCAAACAUAUUGACUGUGAAGACUGGUUUUGAAUCUCAGAUUCUAUGAAAUUAGGGAAGAGAUUGUUACUAAAAUCAAGAUUAUUUCACGGUUUGCCGCAGGAUCCAGAUCUGUUGGAAUCUGAAACCAUAGUUGAAGAUUAUGCGGAGAAUGAAGAAGAAAAGAGUUAAUUUGUAUAUAAUGUAUUAUGCUGUCUUAUCGUCAGUCGCAUGUGCUUUGUCCCAGUGGUCAAGCUAGAAGCUAGAGAAGUGUUAACACCAGAGUUCGAAUCCUACAUAGUUAACGUUCGAGUAAAGUUUUGUUAGUCAAAGUAGGUUUUGUGUUACGUUGAAAAAUUUGGAUCGGAUAAUCAUUUGUUUGAGUAUGAAAAGGCACGACUGAAAUUUUACAGGUCGAAAUAUGCCCUUUUCCGGACCAUUUGCUUCACUGGUUUAUAUAAUUCUUAAGGUCUCUUAAAAGAUGUCUAUAUAGAUGAUGUAGACGUUUCGUUUUUUUUUAUGCGGUGUUGCUUGAAUUGAGUGUUGAUCACGUACAUUUGAACAUGUUUCAUCUCUUUAACAACUCUUAUUAUAUAUGAUUCGGUUUCUUGACCUUGAAUUCGUCUAAGUCUUUGUUUCUUUCUUUUGACUUUGGAGAAAAUAUAUAGGUGGUAUUUGUGGCCCUGUAGACUUGGUCUCGGUCUGUGGAUGCAGGAUAAGCAGAUGGGUAUACUAUAUAAGCAGAUGGGUAAUGAAUGUAUGAUCUUAAACCCUCACCAUCAUUUCUAAAACCAAUAUUCAAAAUCUUUUCAUUUCUAUUUCUCUUGAGACCCCAUGGCUUCCUUCUUGAAUGUUCUAAAAGAGGUUAUGUGUAUCUUACAUGAAUCUGGCAAACUCUUUCUCAAGAACAAGAAGCUGAUGUUCUCUGUCUUGGUAAUCCCUCUGUUUCUAAAUGGUUUAGUUUACUUGUUCAACGUCUUUGCCAUCAAACCCGAGAUAACAAACUUGAUUCAAGAAUCAAGUCUGAUACCUAUGAUGGAUCCAAGCACCCCAGAAUACUUAGCCCAUCUUAUGAAAGUCUUUCAAGAUUUUCAACAAUUUGUGGUGUCUUCAUACAUAUUUGCCGCAGUCUCCUCCAUCAUCAACCUUUUAUCUGUUCUAGUCAUCGUCCAUGCUUCAGCUCUUACUCAUAAAGAAGAGAAUGUGAAGAUCAAAGACUUCCCUGCUCUGACCCUUAAAUCUUGGAAGGGACCUCUUGUGACCAGUUUCUACAUCGUUCUCUUCAGUCUUGGCUAUUGGUUUCUCUUCGUCAUAGUUCUUUUUCCUCUUCUUUUGUUAUCUACAAAAUUCGAUUACUUGGCAGCCAAGUCUGGGGCUUUGUUUGUUCUGUUCUCAGUGUUUGAGUCCUAUUUAGCUAUCGUUUGGUAUCUAUCUUUGGUCAUAUCGAUACUUGAGGAAACUUAUGGGAUCCAAGCUUUGGGGAAAGCUGCAAAGAUCGUUAAAGGGAUGAAACCGAAACUAUUUCUCUUGAAUCUUUUCUUCGGUUUAGUGUCCUUCGGUUUAGUUCAGAUAGUGAGGCGGGUGGAUUUGAACCGUUCAUUUGCAGUUAUCUUAACCACCGGUUUGGUUGUUGUGAGUUCUAUCGCUGCAGUGAGGAUGUUUCAGAUUGUGAGUUACACCAUUACCUAUUUCCAAUGUAAGGGACUCCAAGGCAAAGACGUUGAGUCGCUGAGGGAUGUUGAAUAUACGAAACUAUCCUCUACUACGCUCAUAGGAGCAUUGCCUUGAAGUAUUUGAAGAGAUAUAGUAUAGUCUCAUGAAUGUAUUGUUUGUUUGUAAUGGGAAUUGGUUACGUUGUAUGUAUAUUAUCAAUAAUCAAUGGUCUGGUUAAAUAUCUAGGAUGAUAUAUUUUUGUUAAAUAUCUUGCCGUGUAAAUAUCUAUUCUAUUAAAAGAGAAUCACUCUGAAAAAAUCUAGUUAUACAAGGUUGUUAAACCUUUUCACUAGACUAUUAAUAUUUUGGUCUUAUCUUAAAUUUAUAUUAACAAUAUAUUACCAUAUAUUUCUUUAACAAUGAUUUAAUCAAUUUAAUAGGUGAUAUAACUAGAUUUCCUAAAUUUUCUAAGAUUUGCCUUAAAUAAAAUAUUUUAAAUUUUUGUGACAUGAAUCAAAGCUAUCUGUGAUACUUAUAUAUUUGCCGAUCGUAUCUACAAUAUAGCCUAAAAGAUAAUUAGCUAUAUAUUAAUUAAUAAUAAAUAAUACUCAUUUCUUUCAUGUAAACAAAACAUUGUGAGAUUCACUAGUGAACUAUCAUUAUUUAAACACAUGACAUAUAGACUACGCAAUCAGAAAAUAUUUACUUACGGUUUUAACAAUUUAUGGUUCACGACUUCACAUAGUUUUGACUGGUAAAGCUAAAAAUACACAUAUCAGACACAUAUCAGACCUACUGAAUACACAAGUUUAACAAUAUUGAUUUUUAUAUUUGUAUAUAAUCCAUGGAGUUUAUAUUAAAAUGAUUUACAGUUAUAUAUUUGUCAACCUUAGAGCAGUGUCCCUAAAUGUGUAUAUAUGUAGAAAGAUAAUCCUAAACUCUAAAUCCUGAAAAUA